CGUAGCGGGGCAGAAUCAGACACAUUUGGCGCAGAGUAGCACAGCAUGAAUGAAAAGAUCGCGGUAGCACACCAGUAGCCCUCUAACUUUGGUUGUAACUUUAAAAAGAGGAAUCUUUGGGCAUGAGAUUUUAAUCUGCGUUUUUUUGUAAACUACAUCGACUAAAGCGUGUAGUUUACGUUUCAAAGCUAGCUACCUAGCCGCUUAUCUGCAGUCUUGUCAGACGUUUGUUGACAGUCACAUUUCCCGUUUUAAACGUUGCCUUCAAAUAUGUCAGAGGCACAGGACUCCAAGAAACGCAACAAGAAGCGGUACGGCGGGGGUCAACGGAGCAAACGGUACAAGGGUUCCCGGGAGCUCGAGGUGGGCAUGCAGGGUAUUCUCAUCACGUGCAACAUGAACGAGAGAAAGUGUACAGCGGAAGCUUUCAAUCUACUCAACGAGUACGCCGACAAACUGUACGGACCGGAGAAUGGAGGAGAGGAGAGUGGGAGUGAGGCAGAGGAGGGUGAGGAGGAAGAUGAUGCGGAGGUGGCGCUAAAGAAAGAGGUGUCCCAGCUACGCAGCUCCUCCCAGAAACACCAGCUCAGGUUCCGGGCGCUGGACAGCGGAGCUAACAACGUCAUCUUCAUCAGGACCACCAACCUGGAACCAGACAAGUUGGUGCAUCACAUCCUGUCUGACCUCCACACCUCCAAGAAGAAGAAGAGCCGGGUCAUCCUGCGCAUGCUGCCGGUGAGUGGGACCUGCAGGGCCUACCAGGAGGACAUGGACCAGUACCUGAGCACGUUCCUGGAGCCUUGGUUCAAAGCCCCCAGCUGCAGCUCCUACCAGAUCGCCUUCAAGGCUCGCAACAGCAGCCACAACAAGAGGGACGACAUCAUCAAGGCCUUGGCAGGUCUGGUGGGUAAGAUGAACCCUAAGAACAAAGUUGACCUGACCAACCCAGAGCUGACCAUCAUCGUGGAGGUCAUCAAGAGCGUGUGCUGUGUCAGCGUGGUGCGUCACUACACGCUCUUCAGGAAGUACAACCUGCAGGAAGUGAUCAAGGACGACACGUCCAAACAGGAAGAGACCGGCGCCAACCAGGAAGUUACUGGUACCAAGCAGGAAGUGGAACCGGAAGUUGUUGCCACCAACCAGGAAGAGAAGGAGAAGCAGGAAGUGAGAGAGACGAGGGAUGGUGAGGAGGAGAAGGAGGAGAAGGAGGAGAAGGAGAAGGAGGUCCUGUAACAGCACAACUAGACAGAGAAGGAGAGAAUGUGUGAAUGAAUGAGUAGCUUGUUGGUGCACUGCUGUCCUCCCAGUGUGUGUGCACCUGUGCUGACGUGUGUGUGUGUGGUUUGAUCUCCAACCGUAGUGUUAUUGAUAAUGACUUGAUCCACCAUCGGACGUUUUAAAAUCUGCUCUCUCCAUCUAAACCUCCUUUUCAUCUGCUCUCUCCAUCUUGUUUCCAUUUUUUAAUGAAACGUGAGUGUGGUUGGUCGACACCAUUUGUAUGAUGUCACAAUGAAAAGCUAAGAGGGAGACUGACAUGUUUGUAGGAAAACAGGAACAUUAGUUCUUAACUCUUCAUGAUUGAAAACAGGAACAUUAGUUCUUAACUCUUCAUGAUUGAAAACAGGAACAUUAGUUCUUAACUCUUCAUGAUUGAAAACAGGAACAUUAGUUCUUAACUCUUCAUGAUUGAAAACAGGAACAUUAGUUCUUAACUCUUCAUGAUUGAAAACAGGAACAUUAGUUCUUAACUCUUCAUGAUUGAAAACAGGAACAUUAGUUCUUAACUCUUCAUGAUUUGAGUUUGGAGGGGAGAGGGGCAUUGCUUCUCUAAGUUUAGUUUAUCCUUCAUUUCUUUUUUUAAGGAUUUUCUUUUUCAUCCACUACUGUUGUGUUGAACGUUGACUGUUUGUAUGACAGAUUUCCUGUCUAAACAGGAAGUGCUGCUGACUUUUGAACAGGUUCUACCUGUUGAACUGAAAAGCUACCCUGCACAGCUCUGACAAAUAAAUAGAUUUUUUGGUGUUUUA